GACCAGUGGCUGUAGUUCUCCUCCAGGCCGCAGGGGGCGGCGCUGAGUUCGGCGGCGCUCGCGGCUCUUCCGCGCUCACUGCGGCUCCGUGUUUGUGGAAAUGGCGAAGUUUGGUGAUUUAAAAGCCUUUCUUGAAUCUUCAUUAAAUGAAAUCUUCCGUGCGACCGUCAGUGACAUUCUGGAUUCAGUGGAACAAACUGUCGGCGAGUACCAGCUUAAAAUCCAGCGAAUUGAGUCAGAAAAUGAAGAUCUGAGAAAACGACUUUGUGCAAUAGAAAAGAAAAAUUAUAUCAAAACAGAUGAAGGAUGUGUUGUGGCUCAACUUGACCUUUCAAGAAACUCUUUUAGCCAAAAUUCAUCUGCUCAGACGAGCAUACACAACGACCAGACCAAGACGGCUGUAGAUUUACUGAACAACUGCGUAAAAUCACGAGCCACAGACCCCACGGCGCUCCACUUACACAAGAAUAGUGCUACAACAGCAUAUUUAUUUGUGAAGGCCGACCCAGACACAGAGGACGGAUGUGCUGUCGAUCUGUCAAACCCUCACACUUCUCCUAAACACACCGGUAAAGAAAUCAAGUCAGAGGAUGGCGAGGAGAACUCUAACGCUGUAUUUAAAUGUCCUGCAGAGCCGGAGGUCAGCUUUAACGAGUGUGACGUCAAAGUAACGGUAGUGACAGACAAACACGAUACCAUCUCUGAUGAAGAGUCCAGUCCAGACGGUCUGUCCAACGAGGGCUUCUCCGGCUCGUUUCACUCGGUGCGGUCUCCAGACUCGAGGCCGAGCGGCUGUGGCCAGUAUGAGAGGAGCUGCGAGGUCAGGGCUCACAUCUGCAGUCAGUGCGGGAAGGGCUUUGACCGCGCCGAUCUGCUGAGGAACCACCGGCGCACACACACCGGAGAGCGGCCUUUCGCCUGCGGUCAGUGCGGCAAGAGCUAUGGUCACCAGGGCCAGCUGCGCAUACACCUGCGCACACACACGGGCGAACGGCCCUAUGGCUGCAGUGUCUGCGGCAAGCGCUUCAAUGAGCACAACCAGCUCAAAGUGCACCUGCGCACACACACCGGAGAGCGGCCCUACGCCUGCGCCGUCUGCACAAAAACCUUCACUAAUGCCGGCAACCUGCGCAGCCAUUCCCGAGUGCACAGCGGCGAGAAGCCCUACACCUGUGGUCAGUGCGGGAAGAGCUUCAGCGGCGCCGGAGACCUGAAGACGCACCUGCGCAUCCACACCGGAGAGAAGCCCUACCGCUGCCAACUCUGCACUAAGAGCUUCAGUCAGGCCGGGCACCUGAGCAUCCACCGUCGCAUGCACACCGGAGAGCGGCCCUACGGCUGCGCAGACUGCGGCAAGCGCUUCACGGUGGCCAGCAGCCUGAAGCUGCACCAGCUGACCCACAGCGGCGAGAAGCGGCACACCUGCGGUCAGUGCGGCAAGAGCUUCAGCCGUGCCGGACACCUGAAGAGACACGAGCUGGUGCACAGCAAGGAGAAGCUGCACUGCUGCCCGCUCUGUGACCGCAGGUACAGUGACCAGUCGUCUCUGAAGAAGCACCAGAAGCUGCAUGCUGCAGCCGAGAGCGAAGGCCAGUAAUGCAUCCACAUUCCUCAGCAUCACUUCUUGUAAUGAACACUUGAGCCGCUGGGCUCGUGACUAAGAUAUAAUUUUGACUUGCACUGACUUCAAAUGGCUAAAGCAUUGGUCCCUAACUUUAAUCAGACUUCAUCCAGAUAAGCAAGGUCUUCAGGAUUACGGACUACAUUUACACAGACAACAAUACUCCGAUUAAAAAUGUACCAUGUAAACAGAGAUUUUGGAUUACCUCUUUCAAACUAAAGUCAUAAAGUAAACAUAAAUCGUAUUAAGAAUUAAUUUAGUCAUAUUAUCAAAGUGUAGUAAAUAUGUGCACAACCUUAACACUACUAUCAUCAUGUAGGACUUGCCACAUUUCGCAACAGGAUACACAUAUGAAAGCGGUCAGCUGUUUUAACAACGCCGUCAUCUGCAGUAUAGACAUAAUUCACUGCAUUUGAAGCUUUUGUAAAAUUAUAAAUGAAACACCCAAACCAGGAUAUAGCACCAUAACAAAGAUGAACUGUGUGUUGUAUGUCUGGCCUCUGGACUCUUCUGUAGGUGUGUAAUAAUGUGUGCCAUUAAUCGACUGUACUAUAACAUAAAACGGGAACAUUAAAAAGGAUUCACUCGAUGUGAAUGUUUUAAUCAUGAUAUUGUCUUAUUCAGCACAAGGUAAUGAGGUUACUGAUGUCCGUGUAAAUGUAGUCACCGUGAAGUUUCAAGCAGGUCUGAGUUAGAGCUGUGAGAGGAUCCUGAGGUCUCAGUGCUUCUCAUCUUCAUGUUGAAGGAAAACAGUGGUAUUAUUAUGGUAGUUUUGGCACAGUACACGCACUGAACUGAUGUUAGUUACUGUAGAUGAGUCUUCAUUCCUGUUUAAAUACGUUAAUUAGAAAGUAAUGCUGUUGUCCCGUCUGAUCUGGUUUGUUGAAUGUAAGUUAUGAUGUGAGCACAUCUUAGAUCAAAUGCAGUUUAAGAAUCUUGUAUAAGAUCUCUGUUGUGUUGUGAAUUUAAUGUUAAUAAUUUAAACUCCUCUUGAAUGUUACCUCAACACUUUACUGUCACAAUAAAGCCUUUUAAGUUGGUCAUCUUAUGC